UCAUAUCCAGAUUAAAGAUGAUUGAAAGCACCUGGUGGAGCUUCACACCUGGACACUACUUCUCAUUUCUUCCUGUGUGCAGCUCGUGAGGAGGUUUCUCUGCAGUCAAACAGAGAGUGAGCUGUUGUUGAUGGAGAGUGAACCCGAGGCAUCAUGGAUGCCGUGGACUACCGAGACCACCUGAGACUUUCAGCAGGUAGGAUGAAGUGGUGGAGGGAGGUGGACAUGUGGAGAAGCACAGAGCAGCAGAGGAAAGACAAGGGGGACAAGGAGGAUGAAGAGCUGGUUGAGGUGCUGCUCCGAGGCAAAGCACCCUGGGGCUUCACCCUGAGGGGAGGCACCGAACACAGAGAGCCUCUGGUUAUCACAAAGGUGGAGGAGGGCAGCGUGGCCGCGUCAGUCAGUCUCCAGGCCGGGGAUAAGAUGGUCAGCGUUAACGCAGUUCUUCUCAGCGGGUCCCGACAGGAGGCCAUCUGUCUGGUGAAGAGCUCUCAUAGGACCCUGACCCUGGUGGUCCGAAGGAAGAAUGAUCCAGGCUCACGGCCCCAUUCUUGGCACUCCUCCAAGCUGACAGAAGAGGAGUCAGAGCCAGCCAGGAAAGAGGCCACCCCAGCUCCAGUCUGGCAGCCAAAACAUGAAGCAAGGCCAAAAGAUUCGGCUUCUCAAGGGGACCAGGACACACAGCAGCAGCUCACCGGUCAGUUCAGCUCAGUGAGCCUCAUGGAGAAACUGGAGCGCCCCUCUCACCCCUACCCACCAGGUCGUCUUUCACCGAAUAAAUACAGCAGCAGUGCAGAGCUGGAGGGAAAAAGAGACUCUGGGCUGAGCUGUUUCUCCAGUGGCUCCAGCCCUCCUUUUCAUGACCCCGGCACACCUGGGAGGAAGGACACCAGCACUGAGAACAUUUUCUUCAAAGGCUUUCAGAGUGAAGGGCCUCAGCAGGCUGAGCGGCCGAGGUACCUUCAGCCAACGCUGGGUAACGGAGGCUGGGAGGGGUCACGGGUGGAGGAGCAGCCUGCCUCCCGGGUGUCCAUUUCAGGGAGACCAAGCUUUAACCCAGUGUGGCAGGUACCAGAGAAGAAGUCCCAGUCUCCUCCUCCACCACCUCCUCCCCUGCGCAGUGAUAGUUUUGCUGCAACAAAGGUGUUUCCUUACACUGAAGGGCCAAGUGGUCCAGCAAAGGCCCAGGGCAGGUCCUUUGAAAAACUAACUGAUAAUCACACCCAGAACAGCCUCAGAUUCCACCAGGAGAAAGCUUCAGAGGCCACACGGAGCUUCAACCCCUUGCCUGCCAAAGACUUCCUCCAUCCUAGCACAGCAGCUGACCACAACCACAACCAGCUGCACCCCAACAAACUCUUCUCCCUCUCCAGCAAUGACAUCAGGCAGUCUAAUUACACCAACCUACCUGCACACCAGAGACAAUACAGUGACGAAAGCCCACUCUACCUGCAGACCAGGUCAGCUCCUCCAACAAAGAUCCAGAGUGUAGGAAGCUACUAUCGCAGCCUCCAGGAUUUGCCCACAAAUGCCUUCGGACGAAAAUAUGUUCGGCAUUCCACGGCAUCGAUUGCAAGUUCUGCUGCAAACCAAAACCUGGAGAAUGGGGGGCACAACAGGAACUACAGCCUGAUGAGCAAACUUUCAGUACAGACUGCAGACCUCCAGGCGAGGCGGGGCAAAGCAGAGGGCAGGACCGGGGAAGCAGAGAUACCCUACUGGAUGAUCAGCAAUGAACCAGGCUUCCAAAGUUCCUUAAAGACAAGUAGUAAGGCAAAGUACUCUCUACCUCAGUCCCAGAUGCCUUACAAGGAGCGCAGUGAUACCCAUCUGGGUAACAGUCUAAAUUUUGAACCCCAAACCUCUGAGCUAACCGUUCGAAGUCGCAGCCCUGAGGAUGCUGCAAAGACAGUUGAAGGACACUCGAAUGACAAGAACAGAAACUUUACUGUACCUCAAAGUAAUGAUCCUAAGGCCAGUCUUCUGAGGCACCAAGACCCAUGGGUGCCUCAAGAAGAUCACAGAAUAUCCCCCCUGAAAACCCCACUUCUCCACUCUUUGGCCCAGGAGAGUAGGACUCUGACUGAAAGGCAAAUAGCACCAAUGACCCUAAACGUUAUGUCCAACCAGGAAGCCAGUGACAUCAUGGCCGCCAGCAAUGGAAAGACAAAUCGACGCAGUGACCGCUAUGCUACCACCCUCCGCAACGAGAUCCAGCAGAAGAGAGCCCAGUUGCAAAAAAGCCGCAGCGCUGCAACCUUGACGUGUGAUGCAGAGGAUGAAGAGACAGAGGAGUGGAGGUCCACAGAAACCUCUACGUCUUCUGGUGUGUCCUUCUCUAACACCUAUAAAGACCACCUGAAAGAGGCUCAGGCCAGAGUUCUCCAGGCUACCUCCUUCCAGAGACGAGACCUUGAGCCUCUCGGGCCUGAGGCACCCAUGGUUAAAGCCUCCAAUGGACGCAUAAGAGGACGCAAACGCUUUCACCUGGCCAAGAGGACGCACUCCUUCUCCGAGCCGGACAAAAUAGACAAGGUGGGAGUGGAGGGAGAAUCUCAGACAGGGUCUUUAGGAGAGCCAAGGAGGUUCUUUGAUGUCAAACCAGCAUUUUCCAGGCCUGUGCUGAAGUCUAGUCUGGGUACAAACUUGAACGCAGACCUCGAAGAGACGGGCAAACAAAAAGAGAGAACUGUCCCUGGAGAACUUGAGAGGUCUCAGCCAGCUUCAGACCCCGCUCUCCUCAACCCUGGACAAACACAGCUCUUACUAGAUCAGCAGAGGCUUGGGACUUUUGCUGAGUACCAGGCCUCAUGGAAUAAAGCCAAGAAGCCAUCCGAGGCCAAGACACAAGGAAGGUACCACUCAGCGGAGAACAUCUUGGAUACAGAUGCUGAGGAGAAGGCUUUGUGCAUCCACGAGAGAUCUCGAUCUUCUCCAUCUGCAGACUUCUACACACAGAAUAAUCCUUCCUCAUGGAGAGACUGUCAGAGCCAGCAGAGCAGGUGUCCCACCAGGGGAACAACAGAGAGCAGGACGCGAUACCAGCCUGACCACAGCCCACAGUCUGCCCCGCCAGUCCCCAAGAACGAGGGCCCAGUCCCAGGCCUUACUGACCACAGGACCAGACCAGACACUGCCAAUCCCUCCCACACCACACACUCCACGGGCCUUUGCAGCCUCAACCCCAACCCAGGCUCCCAGCUCUCAUCGCAGCUUCCACAAACCAAGAGCCCUCUGCCGCCGCCCAGGCCCCAUUUAGGCCCAGAAACCACAUCCUCCUCCCAGGAAUUCCUUGCUGGCGCCCAGGCAGACCUGACAGCGCUCCAGCCUCUGUCCAUCUCUAGCUUGGACACCCAACAACAUGGUACUGCCCAGAGCUCCUCCAUCAGCCCCACCCAAGUCAGCUCCCCUCAACCCGUCAGAGCGUACAGAGGAGACAUGAGCAGGGGAGGCGUAGAAAACCCAGAGGAGGAGAAGGAGCUGCCACCUUCUUCCAUAUCCCUGUCCUCUUCUUGGACGCCAGCUCUGUCUCUUCCAGCAGAUGGAGCGCGGUCUCCCUCGCCACAGUUUGCACCACUGAGACUCACAGACAAACCGCCGGCAGUGUUCGUGCAGGAGGACUCACCGCUCAGAUCAGAGAAUGGUUUGAAGCUCCCGGCUGAGAUGGACACGAACAGUCCGGUCAGGAAAGUCCCAGUGAGGAUUGUCCACACUGAGAGCAACUCGGAGCAAGAGGGUAGAGCCUACCUGCCUCAGAACCCUGACACCUGCAGUGUUUUAGACCUGCUGCCCCACAUCCCCUCCCUCAGCAUCAUGGAGCGCCCGGCCUUAUCCCUGUUUAGCGCCUAUAACCGGCAGACUGUUCAGGACCUGAUGCAGACCAAAGACCAGGAGUCGGUCACUGAGCUGAGUGGUGUGGGGUCUCGGCCCACAGAGGAGGAUGCUAAGAGAGAGGAGCUGGCCAGGGACAUCAUGGGUAAAGACAAGUCCUUAGUGGAUAUCUUGGACCAAAGUGGCAGGAUGACCACCAUGGACCUGAUGGAAGGACUCUUCCCCACAGAGGAGCAGAUCCUGGAGGGGGCUCACCUGCGCAGGAGGGCAUCUGCAGGCUCCAGGCUGCCCACUUUAUCCCCCAGGAGCAUGGAAAGGGAGGAGGAGGACCUGUCUGUAUCAGCAACAGCCUCCCUGGUCCCAAGCUCCUCCUAUUAUAACACAUCUGCCCCAAAAGCCGAGCUCCUCAUCAAGAUGAAGGACAUGCAGGAGCAGCUGGAGGAUCAGGACUCUGAGGAUGAGCUGGACAUUGACCUUGCUAGUAAAAAGCAAGAGCUGAUCUCCAGCCUGGCAGGGAAGCUGGAGGUGCUGCGGGAGGCACGACAUAGCCUUCAGGAAGAUGUGGAGGACAACGAGGCUUUGGGUCGCGAGGUGGAGGCCACCGUGCAGCGACUCUGUCAGCCUAACCAGCUCGACAAGUUCCGUAUGUUCGUUGGCGACCUGGACAAGGUGGUGAGUCUGCUGCUGUCGCUGUCGGGGCGCCUCGCAAGGGUGGAGAACGCCCUCAACAGUCUGGAGGAGGAAGCCCCACCUGAGGAGAAGCGAACACUGACAGAGAAGCGCAAGCUGCUGAUGCGGCAGCAUGAGGAUGCCAAGGAGCUGAAGGAGAACCUGGACCGUCGGGAGAGACUUGUUUACAACAUCAUGGAAGACCACCUCGACGCGGAGAGCUUGGACGACUACUGUCACUUUGUGAAGAUGAAAUCAGCUCUCAUCAUUGAGCAGCGAAAACUAGAGGACAAGAUUAAACUGGGUGAGGAGCAACUGAAGUGCCUGGUGGACAGUCUGCCGCUGGAGCAGAGGCCCCUACUCUGAUAAUCAUGAAUGAAAUGAGCCUCAGGUUCUGCAGGAGUGAAGAGCGAGCCACCAGAACAUAAGGUUACAAGUUCCAUAUUUUAGGGUGCUAUGUGUAGAUCAAAAUUUAACGUCAUUGUUACAUUUUGUCAUGAUGUAAAAACUUCUUUACCAUGUCACUUUAAUCGUCACUGGUUUGUAAGUUAAUAACACUUUCCAUGUGACCAUUUUUGACACAAAAUUGAGAAGUUAGUUUGAUCCAAACAUUGGAUAUUUUUACAUUUACUCGUGUAUAUGGCUUAUUGAGUUAUUAACUGGAGUAUUAUAAGAGAACAAUGUUAUUAGUGACCAUCAUUAAUGUCACAACUGGUCACUGUUGGAGGCCUUUUUAACACCAAUGACUUCCAGUCAGAUCUUGUCCAUGGAGAACAGUCUGACUCUCUCUCCCCUCCUCUCUGCUGCAGCAGCAUCUGACGCUGAAACACUGAAAAGUUUCACUUCUGUCCGAACCAUGUUUCCCUGGACUCUUGUGUGUACGCAGCUCUCCACCCCUGGAGUUGAAGAAAUGAGAGCAAAGUUAUCUUUGAACCAAAUGAUGUUUCAGACAUCGUACAGUGUACGAUUUUGUGUUUAUCUGUGUUUAUCUCUCACAGUGUUUUCAGUCUUGCUAAUUAUUGUAUUUAAGUUGCAUGAUGAACUUGCUCCCCUGCUGAGUUUGGCUGGGUUUGUUAUUUUUCUUAUGUGUAUUUUAAGUUUAAGAGAACUAUUUUCUAGUAAUUUAUUGUAGAAAACUUCUGUGGAACCCGAGAGUUUCCUCAGUAACUUACAUUAACUCAUGACGUGCUUUUUGUUUUAUGAUGAAAUGAAAUGAAGAGUUUGAUUCUAAAGUGCUUUGAAUCUUCUUUAGUUUGAAGUCUCUAUUUCUCUGCUUGACAACACGCCCUCCUUCCUUCUGUAUGAUGUGUUAUUCUAUGACAGCAGACGUCACCUGUGGAUAAGAUGAAUUUGUCAUUUUAUGGUCAAACUCUUUAAUUUGUGCUAGAACAAGAACGUGAUAACUGGACCUUUUCCUCAUAAAGACAAUGCUGACUGGUUCCAGCAGAUGUUCGUCCUCCCUGUGUGCUUCACGAUGAUACAGUGCUGAUGUUUUCUGGAUGAUUUUGUUGCCUGUGACCUCGCAGGUUUAAACUGUAAUUGGUGCUGUAAGCUGAAGCUCCCAUCAAAACUUCUGGAUGGUCUUAUUUCAACUGGACUCUUGGCCUCCUAGAUAAAGGACUGAAGUGUUUUUGUGGA